UGAAAUUAAUAUGGUGGUUGAGAACGCGUGCUAAGUGUGGGUAGUUCGACUGAUAACAGAAAAGUAUAUUUUUCUCAUUUUAAAUAAAUAAAUAAAUUAAUACGAAAAAACAUUCUGCAUUACAUAUAAAUUUUAUGUAAUACGCAUUCUGAAAAUAUGGCAGAAUCAGUUGGACCAAUACUUCAUGUAAUUGUCGUUGGAUUUCAUCAUAAAAAAGGAUGUCAAGUAGAGUAUUCAUUUCCUCCUUUGGUGUCUGGAGCUCCGAAUGAAUGUCCAUUAGGUUGGAAAUAUUUACCAACCCUUGCUUUACCAGAUGGAUCUCAUAAUUAUGACGAAGAUACAGUUUACUUUCAUUUACCUAGUUUGAAUAAUCCAAAACGUACAAUAUAUGGUAUUUCAUGUUUUAGACAAAUUCCUGUUGAGAAAUUAAAAAAUCGUACAUCUGAUAUAACAAGAGGUACAGUUCAAAAAUCUGUGUGUGUAUUAAGCACUUUACCAUUAUACGGUCAUAUUCAAGUAAAAAUGGCACUGAUAACACAUGCAUAUUUUGAAGAAGGUGACUUUAGUAAAGUAUCAUUAUUGGAAGAUACUUAUCAUCACCUUAAUUCUUGUAUGAGUUGUGAGAGUCAAAUACCACCACAAAUCUUUGUUGGAUUAUCUGCAAGAGAUUUUAUAUUGCAGUUUCGCCAUAAAGUUCUUUUAUUGUUUAAACUACUUCUACUAGAAAAAAAAAUAGUUUUUUAUCAAUCACCAGUUCAACCAUUAUGUGCUACAAUAUUAACAUUACUCUCAUUGUAUCCUGGCAUGAUAGAACAUGGCUUACAACAAGCUGCAUGUGUCAGACCAUCCAGACCCAUGUCUCCUAUUCCUACAUUUGAUGAGGAAGAAAUAUCAAUAAAUAGCAUUGAUAACAAUCUAUCUUCUACAAAUUGUGUCAAAGAAAGCAUAUCUGAUAGAAUGGCAGUGCAUAUUAACGGUAAUUCAGAUAGGAAUUCAUUAUGCAUAAACGAUAAUAAAGAUAUUGAAACUAUGGAAGGAAAAUGUAUGGAUGAAUUUAAAAAUAUAACAGUACAAAAAAAUAAUAAUGAAAAUGAAAAUUUAAAUAUGAAGGUUAUUGAAGUUGAAUCAGCACAAGAAUGUACCAAAUCUUAUGCAGAAGAAAAUAAUUCUAUAUAUUCUUCAAAGCCAAAUGACAAUAUACACAGGGUACAGAGUAUACAUACAAUUACAUUAAGUACAACAGACACUGAUAAUACACUGCCACGUGAUACAAGUAACGAUGCACUUUCGGACGCACGUUUGACAAAUAAUAUUACUCAAAUUGCUCAUAUAAAUCCGGAACUGUGCGGUUUACCCUUAAACAUAUUUACAAAGGGUUAUCUAUGUUUGCCAUACCUGUCUUUACCAUAUUUAGAUCUUUUGGCAGAUAUUAAUGUCAGAGGAUAUAUAGUGGGUGCAACAAAUGUUUUAUUUAAACAAAAAAAACAACUUAUUGAUGUAUUAGUAGAGGUUGAAAAUACGAGGAUAGAAACAAGCGAUCCAGAAUUAAGAAGGCAAUUACAUCUUACAACUGAGGAUCUGAGAUUUGCGGAUUACAUAGUCAGACAUGUAGCAGAGCCACGCAAAGAUAUAUUUUUGGAUGGUGUAGGAUGGGAAGGUGGAGACGAAUGGAUUAGAACUCAAUUUCGAGUUUACUUAUUGAGCAUGUUGAGAACAUCUAUGCAGCAAGAUACUCGUCAGUCUGAUCAUUACAAUUCUGCAUUUAUAGCUGCUUGGCGCUCGACGAAUAACUAUAAGAUAUGGAGUAAUUCUAAUAAACCAGAAAUUAAUAAUAUAGAACCAGGUCAUCCAUUUGCAGGACAAUUAUCAGUGCAAGAUAUGAAAUUACGAUUAUCACAUACAAUGCAAAAUACAGAAAGUGGUAGAAAAUUAAAUCAAGCAAUGGCAUCAACUGGAAGAGCGGUUGCAACAACUGGGAAAGCAGUAGGUGGUGCACUGUCACAAGCUAAAGGAGCUUUCUCUAACUGGUGGAGUACAUUAACGACAGUUCAACCAGUAGAGGAAGGAAAGGCUGCUGACAAUCAAACCUCAACCAUACAUCAAACACUUUCAAAUAUAACUAAUAAAACUGCUGUUGAAAACGAAGAAAUUAAUGUAUCUACUAAUAAUACAAAUUUCGGGAUGGUUGCGGAUUAAUACGAAACGAUAUACAAAUUCCAGUUAUUUGUUAAAAUGAUUAUGAAGCUAACAUUUCUUUCGAAACGCAUAAGGAGUCAUCUCGAAGUGACUAUUAAAAAUUAGUAGGAAGAGUUUGUAUUUUCUCUAACAGAAGUCAUCCACAUUUAAUAGACAUAGAGAAAUAGUGAAAAUAGACAAAUUCGGUAAUAAAAUCUGAGAAAGGCCAUUGUUUCUUAAUAAUAUAUAGAAAAUUAUUACAUUUUCAUUAACUUCACUCGUUAAACACUCAUCCACAGCUGAAAAAAAGUUAAUACGCGUGAAUUAACUUCGAAAAUAUAAAACUCGUACACGUAAGAAUUUUGUAGUUCACUUCGGGAUGACCCUUUGCUAGAUGAAAAAGUCUGAGAUCGGAGCCUCCAUAUCUAAUAGACAGGAGUAACAUGAGGAAUCAUCGAGGGUGCCUUAGCGGAGUUGUAUAGGUUGCAGUUGGCUAGCCGACAAAGUACGAAUGAGGCGGGUUCGAUUUUUGCUGUCAGGACUCUCAUUUUUUCUCGACUCCUACAAGAGUGAUAGUACAUCUACUAUCUCUAAAUAAAUAUGGUAGAAUAAAAGUAAUUUAUUCAUACUAUGCAGAUAGCAUGUAUGUAAAACAGAGAAGUUAGCUACUUCUCAGAAAUAGAUCAUGUAAGAAAAAGUAUAAAUCACAAACCAGAUAGUAUAAGUACUUGUAAUAAAAUUUUGAAUAAUAGAAUGUAUCAAUGUGAUAAAUGUGCUGAAGAAAGGUAUAAUGUAUAUUUUUAUGUUAAUAUUUCGUUUUAUUAGCUCGUUAAUUAUUUUCUUCCCGCGAUUGUUGUGAUCUUUCUAAUCGAGUAAUAGUAACCUUAUUAAAUAAAUAUAAAUUAUUUUGCAACAAUAUUUAUUUUUAUUCAUGCGGUAAGAUAUAUUUUAUUGACAAGUACCUGGACCUUUAUUUCGUGUGUGUGUGUGUAUGCGUGUGUAGUAAUAUAUGAGAAAGAGAGAGAGAGAGAGAGAGAGAGAGAGAGAGAGAGAGAGACAAAAUGGAAGAAAGUAUUUAAAUAUCCAAUUGAAACCGAUACUAUUAUAAUAAUAUUAUUAUAUAUAUUAUUAUAUAUAUAUAUAUAUAUUAUAAUAAUAUUAUAAUUAUAACAUUAUUUUAUAAUAUUUCAAUACACAUUAUAUUUUUCUUCUUUUUUUUCGGAAGGCAGUCCACAUUUUAUUUAAUAGUGAUUAGCUUUCAUGGAGAAAUUAAAAUAAGGUGCUCUGUACAUAUAUUUUAUACUUUUUACGCAGAUUACCAUCUUUGUUUUAAAAUAUAAAAAGUUUUAUUUAAUUUUAAGUAUAAAACGUUAGAAAUUCUUUACAAAAUAUAAAACGCGCGUUAAUCUUAUACAUCUAAUUAAACUAGAAAAACCAAGAUAUGUGUAAUAGUUGUAAUCUUUUUCUAUGCAAAAAUGUUUAAACAAUUUAAUGAUUUUUAUAAUCUCGAAACCAAAAACAGAAAUGUAUUAUUUAUAAUAUACUACUGUAUCUGUAUAAAUUAUAUACGGAAUAUAAAGAACCUAAAUUCCACGCUUAUAACAAAUAUAUAGAAUAUUUACAUUAUGUUAGAUUAAUAGAUAAGCAGUCAACAAUGUAUGUAUUUAAGUAAGAUAGGAAAUUCAUUAGAAAUCUGUUUCAUUAACUAAUUAUACCGCAAUAUUUUAACAAAUUAAUUCAAGCGUUUAAAAUAAUUUUUUACAAUUAGAAAUAUUCGCCAAUUGAGUUUAAAUAGUAAUAGCGAGGUAUAAAAUAUUUAAGUAAAACUGCAUUGCCUGUUAGUAAACUUCAUAUAAUUAUUAAUAUUCAUUGCAAUUUUGUUACAGAAGUUACAAAAGGUUAUUGAUGAUGGAUGUAUGUACGCAAAUUGAUUAUAACGAUAAGUAAAUUGGAAAUAGUGAGAUUUUGUUUAUAAUUAUCAGAAUUUCGCAUUAACACAGAAAUAUGAUAAACAAAAAUAAUUACUUUCAUUUAUGUAUACGUGCCAAAUUUCCUGGCACAAGGUUUAAAAUUUGUAAUAGGAAAAAAGUGAGUUAUGCGAGAUUUAUUAGUAUAAGAAAUCUUUUUUGUAUGUAUGUAUUUGGCUUUCACAUUAUAAAACUGUAUUGUACUAGUCGCCGCAUGUAUGAGUGUAUGUAUAUAUUAUGUGUUACACGCAUAAUAUGACAGAAUCUAUUGUAUUUUACAACAAUUAUAAACGAUGACGUUUUGUUUGUGUAUAUACAUAGAUAUCUAUAAUGUGUAAAGUAAAAACUUCGUUAAUUUUUAUUUAGUUAUUUAUUCAUAAAACAGGGUUCCCCAGAUGUGAUAGUAUUUGCAUUUUAUUUAGUCUAAUAUUUAGUUACAUCUUAAUUUCUUAAUGUAUUAUAUGUGCCAUAUAUUUGUUAUUUUAUUUUUUGUUCUUUAUACAAAUUUUAAUUCAUUGAAAUCUUUAUUAAUAUUAAAGCUAAGAAGAGAUUACAUACAUAUUAUUUGAUAUUAAUUAAAAAUGAUGUACUGUAUAAAUGUUAGAACGAAUGAGUGAGAAAGUAUAAAGUUUGUUAAUUUGUAAUAUUUACCUCAAAUGGCUGGUAAAUUGUGUAUUGUACGAGAAAUUAUUAUAUAAACCAGAUGUCUGAUAUCGAA